AUGCCUGCACUACUGUCGACAUUACUGACGCCUACUAGAUCUGCAUCGCCCUUUUGGAACCCCCCAAAACGCGGUGAUGCGUCCAAGAAACCCGCUCGCGACCCCAACAUGGUGGUCGGCGCGGCAUACUCCCACGCCGAUAUGCUGAAGUUUGACUCGUUAAACCUCUCUAGCUCGUCGUCGAGGCCCAAGACACCACCCUCAUCACAAUCGGCCAAGGCCCGGACAAGCGAUGUGUCCUCUUCUUCGCGACCGACUCCGGGGCUCUCGUCGCCACCAUUCAGAACCUAUAUGAACUUUCUCUCGAACACGAAUGAUGACUGGAAAGCGGAUGAAGAAGAUGAGAUGAUGGGUUACGACGAUGACGACGGCGACGACUUUGGCCUUCCCAGCCUAUCUAAUACAAAGAGGAGGACGCGGAAGAUGGCUGCCCAGAGGACGGAUGGCAACGGCAGCCUCCUCUCUCCAGCGCUAGAGGGGUCAUUUGGUGGAAUCGACGGCAGGCGAUUGUCAAGCAGUGGCGAUAUCGCCAUCGAGAGACCCGCGCCAGCGUAUCCCAUGCCCAAAAAAAGCGAGGGCAAGAUCCUUCGGCCUCAGUACAAGGACAUCCUCAAAGACCCCGCGAAUGCCCUUCAUUUGAUCAACCACCCUCCAACUGCAGUCAAUGCGACCCCCAAGGAAAUCGAUGCAGCCAACUCGCGGAUCACCCGUAUCAACAAAUUCAAAAAGAUACUUCAGGCGUCAACGAUACCCAUCGCAGAGCUUCGUCAGCUAGCUUGGUCGGGUGUUCCUGAGGAGGUUCGGGCCAUGACAUGGCAGCUCUUGCUCAGCUACCUCCCAGCAAAUAGCGAGAGGCGGGUGGCAACUCUGGAGAGGAAGCGAAAAGAGUACCUGGACGGCGUGCGACAGGCUUUCGAGCGCGGUGGUACAAACCCUUCUACGGCGGGUAAGGCGAGAGGACUCGAUGAGGCGAUCUGGCAUCAGAUCAGCAUCGACGUGCCUAGGACGAAUCCGCAUAUUGAACUGUACAGCUACGAGGCGACACAGCGGUCGUUGGAAAGGAUAUUGUAUCUGUGGGCCGUGCGACAUCCCGCAAGCGGCUAUGUGCAGGGCAUCAACGACUUGGUCUCGCCGUUCUGGCAGGUAUUCCUGGGCAUCUACAUUGGGGAUCCCAACGUUGAGAGUGGCAUGGACCCAGGUCAGUUGCCAAAGCCCGUGCUGGACGCGGUCGAAGCCGACUCGUUCUGGUGUCUCACAAAGCUCCUGGAUGGUAUCCAGGACCACUACAUCGUGGCACAGCCUGGCAUCCAGAGGCAAGUCGCGGCCUUGCGAGAUUUGACUGCUCGUAUCGACGGGAGCCUUGUGAAGCAUCUCGAAAAGGAGAAUGUCGAGUUUAUCCAGUUUAGUUUUCGCUGGAUGAACUGUCUUCUGAUGCGAGAAAUCAGCGUCAAGAAUACUAUUCGAAUGUGGGACACAUAUCUGGCUGAAGAACAGGGCUUCUCUGAGUUCCACCUCUAUGUUUGUGCGGCAUUCCUGGUCAAGUGGUCGGACAAGUUAGUCAAAAUGGACUUCCAGGAGAUUAUGAUGUUCCUUCAGAGCCUGCCCACCAAGUCGUGGACAGAGAAGGACAUUGAACUGCUUCUAAGUGAGGCAUUCAUAUGGCAGAGCCUGUUCAAGGGCUCGUCAGCUCACUUGCGAGGUCAGACAAGUCGAGCACCUUCGACAAGUUUACAAUUAUAAUGCAGUAUUGAGACGAUAAUCCGCCUCGGUCGAUG